AACCGGUAUACGUACAUCGUGCAGAUUAAUUUCGUUCUCCUUUCAGUGUCAGUCCCAGGUGGAUUAUCAUGAGUGUGUAGUAAUUCAAGAGCUCAUGCAGUGAAGUUUCAGUAAUCAUUCUGAAGUGUGUCUCAUACUCUACGGGAGUUUUUAUCCGUGCGCUUUCAAGAAAUAGUACAUUACCUACUGUGACUAGUUGUAUAUCAUCUGGAAAUAUUAUCAGGGAUUGGAAAAUGAGGUUACUUUUCCUGUCAGGGGCUUUCUGCCUCUUAGCCUGUGUGGCUUUUGCAAAGGAAGAGAAAAAGGACAAAGAGGAUUUUGGCACUGUCGUUGGAAUUGAUCUUGGAACAACGUAUUCAUGUGUCGGAGUGUACAAGAAUGGUCGAGUAGAAAUCAUUGCCAACGACCAAGGUAACCGAAUUACCCCUUCGUACGUUGCUUUUACUGCAGAGGGUGAGCGGCUUAUUGGUGAUGCAGCCAAAAAUCAGUUGACCACAAAUCCAGAAAACACUGUUUUCGAUGCAAAACGACUUAUUGGUAGAGAUUGGAAUGACCCAACCGUCCAACAAGAUAUCAAAUUCUUCCCAUUCAAGGUGAAGGAAAAGAACAGCAAGCCUCACAUCGAAGUAUCCACAUCUCAAGGAGUAAAGAUCUUCGCUCCUGAGGAAAUUUCUGCUAUGGUUUUAAGCAAGAUGAAAGAAACUGCUGAAGCUUACCUUGGCAAACCUGUUACACAUGCUGUCGUCACAGUACCUGCCUACUUCAAUGAUGCCCAACGUCAAGCAACAAAAGAUGCUGGAGCCAUUGCGGGUUUAGUUGUUAUGAGAAUCAUCAAUGAACCAACAGCUGCAGCCAUUGCUUAUGGUCUUGACAAGAAAGAGGGAGAGAAAAAUGUUCUAGUUUUUGAUCUUGGUGGUGGCACCUUUGAUGUGUCUUUACUUACCAUUGAUAAUGGAGUAUUCGAGGUAGUUUCAACCAACGGUGAUACUCAUCUUGGAGGUGAGGACUUUGACCAACGUGUAAUGGAUCACUUCAUCAAACUGCACAAGAAGAAGAAAGGCAAGGAUGUUCGCAAAGAUAACCGGGCUGUUCAGAAGUUGCGUCGUGAAGUUGAGAAAGCUAAACGAGCCUUGUCAUCUGCGCACCAAGUCAGAAUAGAAAUUGAAAGCUUUUUUGAUGGUGAAGACUUCUCUGAAACUCUGACCCGUGCUAAAUUUGAGGAAUUAAACUUGGACUUAUUUCAGUCAACGCUGAAACCAGUACAGAAAGUCUUGGAAGAUGCAGAUAUGAACAAAAAAGAUGUCGAUGAGAUAGUUCUUGUUGGUGGAAGUACACGUAUCCCAAAAGUCCAGCAGUUAGUCAAAGAAUAUUUCAACUUCAAGGAACCAAGCAGGGGCAUUAACCCCGAUGAAGCUGUUGCCUACGGAGCUGCAGUUCAAGCUGGCGUACUGUCUGGUGAACAAGACACAGAUGCCAUUGUUCUUUUGGAUGUUAACCCUCUCACACUUGGAAUCGAAACUGUUGGUGGUGUCAUGACGAAACUAAUUCCCCGAAACACCGUAAUUCCAACCAAGAAAUCUCAGAUCUUCUCAACCGCCUCUGACAACCAGCACACAGUAACAAUUCAGGUUUAUGAAGGUGAGCGUCCAAUGACCAAGGACAACCACCUGCUAGGCAAAUUCGAUCUCACCGGUGUACCGCCUGCACCGCGAGGAGUUCCUCACAUUGAAGUUACUUUUGAAAUCGAUGCUAAUGGUAUCCUACAGGUAUCAGCUGAAGACAAAGGAACUGGUAACAGGGAGAAGAUUGUCAUUACCAACGAUCAAAAUAGGCUUACUCCUGAUGAUAUUGAGCGAAUGAUCAAGGAGGCAGAGAAGUUUGCUGAUGAUGACAAGAAGCUGAAGGAAAGAGUUGAAGCUCGGAAUGAAUUGGAAUCGUACGCCUACUCAUUGAAGAACCAACUAGCAGACAAAGAAAAACUUGGCUCAAAAUUGAGCGAUGAAGAAAAAACAAAAAUGGAAGAAGCAAUCGACGAGAAGAUCAAAUGGUUGGAGGAAAACCAAGAUACAGAUGGAGCAGAAUACCAGAAACAGAAAAAGGACCUGGAGCAAAUUGUUCAGCCUAUCAUUGCCAAAUUGUACGCCGGCCAAGGACCACCGCCACCAGCUGGUGGUGACUCUGAUGAUCUCAAAGAAGAAUUGUAGACUAAUUCACCACACACAGCAUUCAAAUUCAGCCAAAAUUUUUCUCUUCUGUCCGAACUUUCUCCUCUCAAGCGUCGCAUUACUUAUGGCUGCCAAGUAGAGAACGUCAGGUCAUCCAAUUUACCUCCACUCUUCGUUUUUGCAGGAGGUUAUUCUGCAGCUUCUAGGAGUUAUUCUGAGCUGUGAAUGUGAGAUAAUUUAUUUUUUAAAAAAUGUUAAAAUUUUCAAGGGACCUGACAUUCAGGUUCCUAACUUGGCCUUAAAAGUCAAAUCCACACAAUUAUUAUAUGAUAAUUGGGAUUUUAUCGAUUGUCAAAAUCAUGCCAAAUAGGGCAAUUGCGUUAAUCACAGAAUCUUGUUUCAACAACUUGUCACUAUGCCAAGUGUCUGCAUCCUAGUUUAAUAGAAGUAUUGCUCUUUUAUAAACGCAGAGGUUGUCCUCUAGCUAUUUUAGGGACAAUAUUUCCGAAGUCUAGACUUACAUUUAGUCCUCUGUCAUCGUUUUUUUAAGUCUAAAUUUGCUAGUCUAAAUCAGAAAUUCAAUCAUCCAUAGUCUAUUCAAUAGUCUAAAAUGCAAUCAUCAGAAUGCAAAUUUGUAUAGGUGCAACUGACCUCACGCAUCAAACCUACUUUAUACCACUAAAAGUGUAGUGCAAUCAUUUUAACUAAAGUAUUCCCCUCUAAUGCCUCAUCACCUCCCCAAUCAUGCUUGGAAGUCACUCUCACGGCUUUUUUGAACUUGAGUAAAGUCACAAAAGGCCAUCUAUUUUCCUGUAGUCCAGUCAUUAUCAUUCUUGAUUGCACCAUUAAGAACCCUUACAUGUCCCUCACUGCAAACUAGUCUUUAAAUUUGAAGUACGAGGUAAUUACUUACCAUACGCUCAUUGAUAAAAGUUCUCUCUUUCCUCUCUCUAUUUUUUAGUUUUUGCGUCGUAAGUGCACUGUGUAGCCCUGGAAAGUUUGAGCACAUGAAUCUUCCAUAGUCAUACCCUUAAUUGCUAUUGAAUUGGAUGCAUUUAUGUGGAAGGAGUUAAUCUGCAAUACUGCCGUCCAAAGCACAAAUACCACAAUACCAUUUCCAAAUUUUGCAUUUCUCCUUGACUCAUAAUGAUCAAUCAUAAAAAAAUCUGAUUGCCACUGUGCUCAAGGUUUUUAUUUCGAGUCCCCCCUGUCAGUCAUUUUGAAAAACUAAAGAAUGAGUAUCAGUUGUUUCCUUUGUAAUGUAGCAUUUUGUCAGGAAAUGGCCAAACAAGAAUAGAAUGGAGGAGUGACGCUUUUACCUAGGAAGGUAGGAUGGAAAUCCUAUGUAAACAGACUCCCCUGCGUUGACAUUUCCAACUCGUGAUUCUGCUAUAUUCUCUCUUUAGUAUUGGUCCAAACCUGCCUAACCUUAUAUCUUACCAACACACCAAUCCUUCAGCUAUAAGAUAGAUGGGUUGCUGGUCUGAGAUUGGUUACAUUUGUGCAUAACUGAAGGCCUCAAAUUCAGCUGUCCAGUCUGAUCAGGGGCAAUUCUCUCAAGCUGAUACUACCAUCUUUUCCCCGAAAGUAUAUUUAAAUUAGAUUGAUUCCAAGAGAGGUAGUCUGCUGCCAUGAAUAUUUAUUACUUCAAAUACAUCUAACGGGAAAAAUCUAGUGUUGUCCAUUUGUGAGAUCCGCCAGUGAAUUUCAUCCCAUGAGUUUGAAUCGAUUAUGUCUGAAGGCUGAUGUGUAAACAUUCUAUUUGUACAACUGGAUGACUUCUAGUCAAACCGACCUAUCCAUCUUUUGGUUUCAAAAGGGUUUUUACGCCUCCUUAUAUAAACAGUAGGCUGUAUAAUAAUCUUUCAAAUUUUCUCCUAUCUACUUUUUCACUAAUUGAAAAUAAUUUGAAGUAAAGCCAUCAGUUCUUUUGAGCAUAACAGAACACGAAAACAGCACACAGACUAUUAUCAUAGAACCUUAAGUGGAGAUAGGUCUGAAUAGCUAAAUGUAAUCUGGUCGGAUCUGCCACAAUUUUUUUCAUUUUCUCGCUCCCCAAUUUUUUUUUUUUCACUUGUCACUUACACAUUUGGAAUAUUUUUUUAUGAUCCUUGAGCAUGAUGUAGAUUGCUUUAAAAAAUAAAGUCCUAAAAUGUGAUGAAACGUGAUAAAGUAUGUAACUGAACAAACUUUUUGUUUGGUAUACCUCAUCCAUUUGCUUCGCAGUAAGCCCUAUAAAUGAAGCAAUAAAGUAAAUCGCGGGUACAGAAUCUAGUAAGAUGUACUCACUAAUGAUGCAAUUCCACACAUACUCCUAGCCUCCCAAGUAUCUUUUUUGCCAACCUUCAAGAUGUAUUCUUACUUAAGCAUUCUGACAAAAUGAAAUGUCUUGACUUUUGAAUAGUUCAUAUUUAAUAAGGAGAAAUGUUUUGCAGUCCGUCAAUGCCAAUGUGUCACAACAAAUGAUCUCUUCUCCAUUUGUGAGGUUCCCUUGAAUAAUCACGCAUCUUGGUAGUAGAAAAGAGCCCUAAUACUUGUAAAAUAUUUGUAAAUGAGUGUGAAGGUGUAUGAAUGUUUUUGUAUGAAUUUCGAGCAAAUUUGUUUUUCUAUGUGUAAUAUACGA